CACACCAAAGCAGACUGUGUAAUACUGAGCAUUGAAUUUACAGUGUAAUCCACAAGAAUCUACAACAAGAAUUUAGCUUUUAAACUAAAAUGUCUAUCACAUGGAAUUUGAUUAACAUUUCAAAAGGACAGCAGUUCUCCCUAAUAUUGUGUGUGUUGUAUUUGAUUGUCCAAUGGAAUUGUCAAUGUUCAGCACAACACAAAAUAACACAACCAACCAGCAGUGAAGCAAUGAACAAUAAUGUAACAGAUGUUCCUUCAACAAAUGCAAGUGCACCGAAUACUUCCACUGAAAAUUCAACUGGCAGAUUAAUAACAAAUGGUCCGGUCAAUGAUAAUGUGACACCAGAUAGACCUGAUCACGCUGAAACUACUGCAACAAAUCAACUUCCUUUCACUACGAAAAGUGAAUCAGUAAAAGUAAAGCAGCCUGUUAAGGAACAUUCGAAAACUGGCUCCCCGAAGGUGUUGAUCUCAUUACUUGUCUGUGGAUUGCUUCUUGCUGCAAUAAUUCUAACUGCAUACUAUCGGAUGAACAAACAGACUUGGAGCCCACAGAGCAAGAGACUGGAUGAGGAGCCCGAUGCACAGGAUCAUGAUAGCACAAUGUUUUCUGUUGCUCCAGAGGACCAAUCAGAUGCGCAUGAGAAGCCAAAACUGAAUGGAGAGGCACAGGAGAACGGGGAGAGCCAGAAAGCUGCGGCAGGAGAGCCAACAGGAAAUGGUCACCAGAGAAAAAAAACAGACGAAGCAGACACAGAACUCUAAUGCACGAUGGAAAGAAAUGAAGGUGUCACUGUCCGAUUCUCUAAAUUAUGACCCCAUGCCAGGUACUAUACAUUUGGCUUACAGAACUGAAGAUAAGUCUUCUAAUUAUAAAAUUAAAUUAACAGUUGAACUCACAAAAAAAUGCCAAGACUGUCCUUGUAUUCUGUGACCUGGUUUACAAUUUGCUGUCCGUAAAAGUGACGUGCGAAUUGACUUUUCAGUGAUAGUUGGUGAAUCUUGCAGUUUAAGAUCAACUUGAGCCAAA